AUGACAACAAAUGGAGUUGGCAGCCUGAAACAAGUUGCCUGGUCAGAGUGGAGUUUAGUGAACAUGCUAGACCGGCCAGCCAGUCAGUCAGUCGGAGUUUCGUAUUCAAAUGCCAUAAUAAAACUGUAUUCGGAAAAAAAAAUGCUAAUUUUCAAUUCCACAAACCUCGGGUUGGAUUCGUUGGCAUUGGCCGACACCUCACAGACAUGUGCAUGCGUGGCUGCUUUACGUUUCUCUGUCUUUCUUCGCCUCUUGUGCACAUUGUCUGUCUCACUCUUUCUCUUUGAUGCUGUGAUCGGCAAAGUCGAGUACCGGUCCAACGGCCAAGAAAUAUGCCACCGGCAGAACAACUUAUCACCUGAACCCGCCAGCAACGUGGCGGUUGGAUGA